CUAGUUACUAGUGUUGCUACACGGAGGGAACGUGCUGCAGGGCAGAAGAAUACAAUUUAAGCUGUUCCCCAUUUUCAGUAAUGACAUCUAUAGAUCCUUUUCAAAAUAUAAUAGUUGAGUAUCAAUAUUCUCACAGAUUUACAGUAACCGUAAUAAAAGCAGCCAAUGUUACAAAAGGAAGAUUUGGCGACUUACUUGACACCCCAGACCCAUAUGUGGAACUUUAUAUUUCAUCAGCACCAGAUGGCAGGAAAAGAACGAAGCACUUCAACAACAAUAUUAACCCAAUAUGGAAUGAAUCAUUUGACUUUAUUUUGGACCCUAAUCAGGAUAAUAUUCUAGAGAUAACACUAAUGGAUGCUAAUUAUGUAAUGGACGAGACCCUAGGAACUGCAACAUAUGAUAUUUCGACUAUCAAACCUGGAGAAAUAAAGGAAGUUCCCUUUACUUUUAACAAGAUCACAAACGUAUUUCUUGGGUUCAAACUUGAAGUCUGCUCAUCAACUGACCUGAGAUUCAGCAUGGCUCUCUGCGAUCAGGAAAAGUUUUUCCGACAAAAGCGUAAACCGUUUGUAGCCGAAGGAAUAAAGAAACUUUUGGGGCCUGAAAAAAUCAAAGAUUUAUGUCCAUCGAGAGAUGUACCUGUCAUUGCCGUCCUUGGAUCGGGAGGGGGAUUCCGAGCUAUGGUCGGUUUCUCUGGCGUCAUGAAGGCUUUAUUUGAAUCAGGAGUUUUAGACUGUGUCACAUACGUCGCUGGCUUGUCUGGUUCUACAUGGUAUAUGUCUAGUCUCUAUUCUCAUCCAGAAUUCCCAAAGAAAGGCCCUAAAGAGAUAAAUAAGGAAUUAAAACAUAGCGUUAGCUAUAACCCUCUUCUGCUACUCACACCUCAAAGAGUCAAACGUUACAUUGAAGCUUUAUGGAAAAAGAAAAGCUCUGGACAGCCGGUCACAUUCACAGAUAUUUUUGCUAUGCUCAUUGGAGAGACCCUUAUUGGGGAUAGGAUGCACAGUAAACUUAGUGACAUGCAGGAAAAAAUAUGCAAUGGACAAUGUCCCAUGCCAUUAUUCACAUGUUUACACGUCAAGCCAGAUGUCUCAGAACUGAUGUUUGCAGAUUGGGUAGAGUUUUCACCUUAUGAAAUUGGGAUGGCAAAAUAUGGCACUUUCAUGACUCCUGAUCUUUUUGGUAGCAAAUUUUUUAUGGGAACUGUAAUCAAAAAGUAUGAAGAAAAUCCUUUGCACUUUUUAAUGGGUGUGUGGGGCAGUGCUUUUUCCAUAUUGUUUAACCGAGUACUUGGGGUCUCCAGCAACAAAAGAGGUGCAACAAUGGAGGAAGAAAUAGAGAACAUUAAACCAAAGCACAUUGUGUCCACGGAUGGCUCUGACAGUGAUGAUGAGAUGGAUGGUCCAAAAGGUACUGAAAAUGCUGACGCAGAGGCGGAGUAUCUGAGAAGAAACCAGGACAGUUGGGGCCAGCGAAUGUUUAAGUUUCUUGUCAGUGAUUCUGCUCUUUUUAAUACCCGGGAAGGAAGAGCUGGAAAAGUUCAUAAUUUCAUGCUUGGCUUAAACAUAAACACGUACUAUCCCUUGUCCCCACGGGCUGGACUGCAACCCCAGGAGUCUGUAGAUGAAGACGAGCUGGAUGCUGCGGUUGCAGACCCCGAUGAGUUUGAGCAAAUAUAUGAGCCCCUGGAUGUGAAGAGCAGAAAAAUACAUAUUGUGGACAGCGGACUUACUUAUAAUUUACCGUACCCUCUUAUCUUACGACCACAGCGAGGGGUUGAUCUAAUUAUUUCAUUUGAUUUUUCUGCAAGACCGAGUGAUUCAAGCCCUCCAUUUAAGGAGCUACUCCUUGCUGAAAAGUGGGCACGGAUGAACAGUCUUCCAUUCCCAAAAAUAGACCCACAAGUUUUUGAUCGGGAAGGUAUGAAGGAAUGUUAUGUGUUCAAGCCAAAGAAUCCAUCUGUUGAGAUCAACUGCCCGACUAUCAUCCACUUUGUCUUGGCAAACAUCAAAUUUAGGAAUUUCAAGGCACCUGGUGUUCAUAGAGAACCUGAUGAUCUGUUUGCUGAUUUUGACAUUUUUGAUGACCCAGAAACCCCUUUCUCAACAUUUAAUUUCCAGUACCCACAUGAAGCAUUUGACAGGCUGCACGACCUAAUGGAAUUUAAUACUUUGAACAAUAUUGAUUUAAUCAAACAAGCCAUUGAAGACAGCAUUGCAUACAGACGAGAGCACCCAUCUCGCUGCUCCGUGUCUUUAAAUGACCUUGAAGAACGGAAAUUCUUCAAUAAAGGCACAACAAAAAAACAAUGAAAACUGAAUCCUGUCAUAGAGUUGGUGUUUGAGACAAAAAAAUAAACUCCUGGAUGGACAAUUAUGCAUUAUCUGUAUAUAACCAUAUAUGUUUGAGCCAUAUAUGCUAAUAUUUAAUAAACCUAUAUAUAUUAUGUACCUGUA